ACAGCAUUAAUGGGGCGGUCUAAUGACUAAGGAUUGAAAGUCCCAGUAUCUCUCUCCCUAUUCAGCGAUCACUUGUAAACCUAUCUUCAUGGAUCCCUAUGAAUUCCUCCACAUCUCUCCAAACCCAGAUGGCUCACUCACCAGAAACUACCCAUUCCCCUCCGUUCCCCCAUCAGAUCGAGUCACUUCCGAUUCCACCAGACCCCAACUCGCUCUCUCCAAGGACAUUCCUCUCAACCCCACCAACAACACCUUCCUUCGAGUAUUCCUACCUCUAAACCUUCCUCCAAACACCCCCAAACUCCCUCUCCUCAUCUACUUUCACGGCGGCGGUUUUGUCCUCUUCAGUGCUACGUCGCUGCCUUUCCACCGGUCCUGCAGUGCCAUGGCUUCUCAAUUCCCUGCAGUGAUCUUGUCCGUUGAGUACCGUUUAGCACCCGAACACCGUCUCCCUGCAGCGUACGAUGACGCCGUUGAUACGAUCAUGUGGGUCCGGGACCAGGUCAGGAAUACCGACGGCUGUGAUCCGUGGUUGAGAGACUACGUUGAUUUCUCAAAGUGUUUCUUGAUGGGCAGUAGCGCUGGCGGCAACAUCGUCUACCAUACAGCAUUGCAUAUGCUGGAUGUUGAUCUUUCACCAGUUACAAUCGGAGGGCUGAUAAUGCCUUCGCCUUAUUUUGGUGGGGUCCAGCGGACUGAAUCGCAAUUGAGAAAUCCCAACGACAAGAUCGUGCCGAUACCGGCUGAUGACCUGCUGUGGGCCCUGGCGUUGCCGGAGGACGCUGACCGUGAUCACGAAUAUUGUAAUCCAAUGCUCGGCCGCGGGUCCCUGGACUCCAAGAUCGGACGGCUGUGGGGGUGUUUUGUGAAAGAGUACGGAGGGGACCCACUGGUGGACAAACAGAAGGAGUUUGCGAAGAUGUUGAAGGCACGUGGGGCUCACGUGGUGGAGAUUUAUGACGAGGACGGUUACCAUGGUGUGGAAAUGUUUGAUCCUAAAAAGGCCGACCAACUGUACGUGGAGAUUAAGGAUUUUAUUUACACUUCGUGCUCACAAUGUGAGACAAACGUUGUUGGUCCAAAAUCAACAAUGUGAAGGUGUUUUGUUGGCUUUGAAUCCCAAAUAAAUAAAAAUAAUUAUCCUUUUUAACA